AUGGUUUCUAACAGUCUAUAUUUCCAGAAUUUAACGAAACCCCUUUUUCUUAAAUCAAUUCUUUCCACUGCAGUCCCAUUUCCAUCGGUACCUAUUUCAGAUGCCUCUUUAUCUUCUACUUCAUUCGAUUCCUCUCUUUCCCAAACUUCUGAUCAUUUGACUGAGAAAUCUCUUCUUGAACUUAAUCUUUUACUUGAUCGACUUGAGUUAGAUUCUACUACAAAAUUUAAUUUUCUCAGUGAAAUCUUGAAACAUUCACCGCCUAAGCGUAAGGGCAACGAUAAUCAUGUUGUGGCUUUUAAAAUGUCAGCUGAACAGAGUAACAACGACUCUAUUAACAAAAAAAGUACCCUUAAAACUGAGUCAAUCAAGAUUUCAAAAAACAAUGGAAAAUCAUAUGCUUCAGUACUUUUUUCAAUAUUCUUCUCUUCAAUAUCAUAUGUGGGUCUGGCAACAUUUUUUUACUCAUGGUUAUUAGGUCAAAAGAAGGAACUUGGGGCAUUGCGGCUAAUUGUAAGCAAAAAUCUAAUUUUGGACGUUAACCGUUUAUCUUCCGAAGUUGCUACAAUUUCUAAAAGCUUUUCUCCUGAAGGAUUGGAUGUUCUUCGAACUGACUUGUCUUCUUUACAGGAUGACAUGACUAAAAUUACCGAGAUUCAAAACAAACAGGAAGAGAAUUAUAAGAAACUUCAGAAAGACACUACCGAUUUUCCUUUUAUUGUUAGAAAAUACUUGGAUUUACGCCAAAAUUUUGAUCGAGUUACUCGAGGGCUGACUCCUCAAUCCUCUUCUCCAUCUAUUUCUUCUCUUUCUUCAGCUUCUCCUCCUUGCUCUGAUAAUAAUUCUGUCACAGAAAGCCCUAUCUCUGUUUUGGAUGAUACCAACAAAUCCAAAGGUGCAGUCGCAUUUGAUGGUCUUGAAGAUAGUACAAAUAAUAAUGAUUUUGUUUUAAAAGAAGCUAAAUCAGAUUUUGAAACCAAGAAACCAAAGGAUAGUACCCAAAACUAUUUGGAGAAAGAGUCUGUGAUUGAACAGAUUCGACCAUUAAAUCAAACCAGAAUGGUCAACUUAAAAUUGCAUUCUUUGCCAAAUCAUCCACAGGUAAACACUAUAAAUUCUUUCGGAACUCGUCAACACCAUAAUACCCCUCUUAAUAACAAUCAAAGAACUGGAAGAUAUAAUGGCCACUCUAGUCUUGAUCACGUUUUGAGCUCUUCUAAUUUUCAAGAGUUAAAUUCUUCUAAAUAUGGGAGUAAUGCUUAUCGAUUAUCACAUAGCCGUUCUGACAGGUUAACUAAUACCCAACGCAACAACUUCCAUAACAAUUAUGGUUUAAGUAAUAGCUCUUUACCAAAAGUCACUCGCCUUUCACCUAAUAUAGCAUCUGUUAUCAAAACUUUGGGAUCUUCGUCUAGUUCUAGUUCUUCAUCUCCUUCUUUUGAAUCAACAUUGCAUCAACAAUCUCCAAAGUUACCCUUGAUUCCCGAAAAGAUUGAUACCCCUGAUUUAAUUUUUGGAGCUGAAGAUGAAAAGGAGUUGUCUGCAUCAUUAUCAACUAAUCAAUUGGAAAAUAAGUCUUAUCAGCUCUCUGAUAAUAACACCAAGAAAAAGCUGCUCAAGACAGAGUUUGGGACAUUUGAUAUUUCUACUGAAUUGGGUAGAAAAGAAUGGCUUCGUGCUAUGAAUACUUUCAAUAAUCAGCGGUCUUCUCUUAAAUCUUCUGUUGAGGAAAUUAGCAGUGCUCCCUUGGUAUUGGGUGGAAAUUCCUCUCCUGACCCAAUUCAAGGAUCUGUUGAUGAUUCAUCAUCACCUUUGGCUUUCAGCUCUUCUGACUCUGGGUGUGAAAGUGCACGAAUUGAGUUUUUGAUUCCCAAAAACACUAACAUGAAUGCUAUGACUAUUGCUGCCAAUGCUCUUGUAUCAUCUUUGCCAUCGCCAUCUGCAGAUCCAACAACUGCAAUUGAUUCUGCUAGCUGUGAUUCUAAAAAUGUUAAUAGUUGCUCUGCUGAAGAACUUUUUGGAUCUACCGCUGUAGAAGAAUUGUCGAAUGGUGAGGCGAAGAUUGUUUUGGAACAUAGGGAUAAAGAAUCCUUUGAAGAAACUGAACGCGUUGCAGUUGUUUUUACUCUUGAUGAAAUUAAGGCCAAGCUUGAAGAGUCUGAAAAGAAGAAUUACCGUCGUUUGUUUUUACCCGGUAGAGGCUGGGUUUCUGUAAAGAAGCUACAAGAGGAGGCUAUUGCAAUGGAACAAAAUAAGACUGAGACCUCUCAAAUAAUUCCUGGACUGAUUGUAAAUGCUGACAGCCGAAAUGAUGCAUUGCCUAUCCUAGUAUCUGUUUCUUGA